UUUCCAUUCUUCAGACGUACUUGGAAGACCUAUUCUUCUAUUACUUCAAACUGUCGUAGAUUUACUUGUGAUUGGGGUGUGCAGAUCACUGAUGCAGUGGUAUUGGCAAGAUAUCUUGGAGCAACUCUUGUACUGCCUGACAUCAGAGGAAGCAAACCUGGUGAUGAGAGGAGGUUUGAGGAUAUUUAUGAUGUUGACAAGUUCAUCAAAAGCCUGGAUGGUGUGAUAAAAGUGGUAAAAGAUUUACCUGAUGAAAUAUCGAUACGGGAUCUUGCUGUUGUGAAGGUCCCUAAUCGAGUUACAGAAGAUCACAUUUCAGAAAAUGUUGAACCAAUUUUCAAAGCAAAAGGCAACAUAAGAGUGGCAACUUAUUUUCCAUCAGUGAACAUGAGAAAAAGUGCACAAAAAAGUAAUUCUGAUUCAAUUGCCUGUUUGGCGAUGUUUGGUACCUUAGAGUUGCAAAGUGAGGUCAAAGAUGUUGUUAAUUCAAUGGUUGAGCGCCUAAGAACUUUAAGCCGAAAAUCAGAUGGCCGAUUCGUUGCAGUGGACUUGAGGGUUGAGAUACUAGAGAAGAAGAACUGCCAUGAAAGUGGUGCUGCUGGCACAAAAAGUUGUUAUAGUGCACAAGAGAUUGCAGUGUUUUUGAGGAAGAUUGGAUUUGAUAAGGACACCACAAUUUACUUGACUCAGUCUAGGUGGGAUAGCAGCCUUGAUAUUCUGAAGGAUAUUUUUCCUAGGACAUACACAAAAGAAAGCAUCAUCCCAGCAGAUAAGAAGGCAAAGUACCUUGAAUCAGAGAAUUCUGAAUUUGAGAAGGUUAUUGACUUCUACUUAUGUUCUGAGAGUGAUGUUUUUGUGCCAGCCAUUUCUGGCCUGUUUUAUGCUAAUGUAGUUGGGAAAAGAAUAUCUAUGGGUAAGCCCCAAGUCCUGGUUCCAGCUGAAAUUCCUGGUACCUCCGCCUUGGCAACCAGUUUUAUCUCCCCUUAUGUUGCCAAGAAAAACCAUUUGGCCUAUUCAUGCUCUCCCCCCUCCCAUCAUUU